GUCUUACGCAAAUGACGCCGAUCGAGUCAUCUUGACUCCAUUCCUGAUGCCUGUCUGAGUAGCGGGAAAUUAGAAGUAAAUCAAUACCUAGCUAAUCGAACAGUGAAGUAAAUCUGCAUAAACAAACCGAUGGAAGAGAUCAAAUUGAACUCUUAACUUUGACAUUGCGUAAUAGGCAAGUUUACUUUUAUAUGCCUUUGUCUGUAGGCAUAUAUAAUUGUUGCUGUUGGUUGUUAAAGUUAAUGUUCGUAACGAAAGUAACACUUUGCCGUUAGCUUCUUAAUUACUCUAACUGCGUAGAUAGGUAUAAUUAGAAUAUGUUUAUAGCCGUAUAAAACCGUGACAUAUGCGCGUUAGCUGGUGAUAUGUAAGGUGUUUGUCAGGUUGUGUUGGCUGAGGGGGAUGGAUGGCAAUAUUGGUAAUAUUCUGCCCAGUGAGGAACAGCUGAGGAACACACUGCAAUGUGAUGACAAGGAAAAGCUUCGUAGAAAACUGGCACAUUUACAAAGGGAGUAUCUCAAGACAGCCCAGAGACUAAAGCGUGCCGAGUGUGUGGAUGCGUUGAAGAGGCAUGUGAAAAACAGGAUUUCUCUGCAGAAAGACAAAGACCAGAACAAUCCAGAGAUUACAUCUAAUGCUUGCAUUACCUCCUCCUCAUUCACAUUUAACACAAACGAUGCAACUCCAGGUUCACUACAGUGUCAAGGUGCAGUAGAAUCCAGUACAAUCAGGAGACAACAAGUAAUACAAUUCUCACUUUCCGGAGAGCAGACUUCCUGCAAAACCCCGGAUCUCAGUAGUGACAUCACUGGCAGCCACAGGCCCAGCGCGGCCUUGCGCCUGCGGUCGAGACGCAGCCGCUUACGCUGGGAAAAGAGGAGUGCCAACACUCCCGAUGGCUCAGACAACAGCCAGCGACAGCAGGAGCUGACAGGAAACACAAGACCUGGAGAUGAGGAGCAAACGAUCAAAGACGAAGAUGUCUUCAUUGAAAGUGAGGAGCUGUUUUCUGAUCCAGAGUCGGAGUCCCCCUCUCUGCUACUCACACAUUGGAGCACGCAAGAGCACACCAAAACCGGGGACAAAACGGGAAACGGGAAUCAAAGAUCCCAGGAAGAAACAGGGGGAAAAAAUGGUCCAGAAGUUGAUGGAAAAUGCGGUAGACCUGCUUUAACAACAGAGAGUAAAGGACAAAAUGCUGGAGAAAACAGUUUAAUAAAUAAUACGAUGGGAGAAGACAGUGUCAGUCAAAGCCAAGCAAGAAAACCAGUGGUAUGUGAACAGGGCAGCCAUGAUGGAGCCCAGAUGACAGCAAUCGAAAAACAUGAGGACUCUGUAGAAAUAAAAGAGGAAAAUAAUCUGAUCACAGCAGAGGAGAACUCUGUAAGUCUCCUAGACUCUUGCACAUUAGUGGAAGGACUACCUUUCCCUGUAGAGUACUACAUUAGAACCACAAGGCACAUGACGCUAUCCCAGACCCAGCCAGAUGUGCAGGCUGUCAUAAUGUCCCAGCUGAGCGCUGGGAGACAACGCAGGAGUCGAGGCCGCAGCAGGAGAACAAACCAGGGCGUACAGCGGUCAGACCGGCACACUCAGACAGAUUCAACCUCUUCCACAACUCUGUCCGUGUCUGUGGACUCUCUGAAGCCAUCCAACGUUAACACUUCCAAAGAUUAUUCCCAGAGUUCCAGUGACUUUUCUACCUCUUCCGUUUCGGAAGCUCAUGUUUCACUUCGGGGCCCCAGCGUCCGUCCACCCAAAGGGACGAGGAGAGGCAGAGGCAGGGGAAGACCUCCGAGACAACAGCUUCUUAAACAAAGAUGUAGCCUGACCUCAGGAGGUCUCCAGCCCCUCCUCAGCCCUGCACCAUCCACCCAGUUGAUCCAUCAAGCUGAUGAGACAAACACUGAGCUAAUGUUACUCCAGCAGACUCCCACCCACUGCUGUCCAGCCCAACCUUCUUCUUCAGUCAGUGGAACUCCAGCUGGUUUUACUGCUGAACACCAGGAGAAAAUCUGUCUGAAGAGCAGCACCAGCAGACCCCAACAGAUGAACACAGGCUCAUCAGACUGUCAGCCUCUCCUCCUGCCCUCCUCCUCCUCCUCUUCAUCAUCUCAGACAGCUCAGCUUUCUCUUCCCUCUUUGAUCAGCCGCCUGAAGAACCUGGACAUCCAGCAAGAUUUUCACCUCCCUGAUGAUCAGUUUGCCUCCUUGAAGCUGCACAAGCUCCGUCAGGUUGCCGUGGAAUCAACCCCGUCACACAACACACGCAGACGCUCCAGCUGCCGGCACAGCGCCGUCGAUCUGCUGAUGCCCUGUUCCCUCCCGCUCAGUUCCACAUCUACCAUCAGAAAUUCUCUCCGUCCAAACAAGAGUGAGCGAACAUCUCCACAGCAGACACAAUGCACGGUUACCGAUAAUUUGACAGGCACGCUGUUAAAUGAAGAGCUUUGUAACUCAAGUGUUCCAGAAACGAACGCAGAGGUCAGUGCGGACGCUCUCAACACCUCAACAGAAGCUGUUUCACUGGUGCAAGAGUUUACUGAAGAGCUUGAAGCUGGAACUGAAAACGGGGCAGCCCUCAGCAGCACAUGUCCAUCUAUGAACACAGAUGAACCACAGGCUCUGGUGGACCGAACACGGCGCAAAGAAAAUGAUGUUCAACUUUCAGAUGAGCCAGAAGUUGAGCAAUCUGAAAAUGAAAAGCAACCCUCUUUAGAGGAGCUCGGACUGGUAGACGGACGCAUCACUCAGUUGCUUUCCUUUGAUUUCUCUGAAAGUAAAGCAGCAGAGGAGGUUCCGACCAGCUGCACAAACGACGCUGCAGCAAACCCACCUGUAAAUAACUCAAACCCACAGUAUCUUGCAGAAGAGUUAGCAGAACCUACUAAAGCAGGCUCUUCUGAGGACGGAGCGAUUAAAAGUAACGCCUCUCAGUUCGUGUUUAAGUCUCCUCUGGAUGUAGUGGGCUGGCCCUGUACAGGCCUGCCAUCCGUCUAUCAUCCGUCACCCACUCUAGCUUCCAGUCCGGUCCUGCCCUCCCUGGGAAUCACCCCUAAUGCUGCUCGCCUGACCUCUGACUCCUCUCCCUCUGCUCCUCCUCUCUGCCUGCCUCCGUCUCCCAGCCCAUCCACCCAGGAUCUGUCUCCUCUGGAUCUUUGUCCUGCUGCAUCCAUCACCUCCCUCCCUUCUGGCCUCCCUCCUCCCUCUCUCUGCAGUCAGCUUCAGGAUUUAUCAGAGCCUCCAGCUCCAAGAGACCAGGGUGACAGAGAAGAACCUGUCGACUGCCCGACCCCAUCCAGGAUGCAACUGCAAAGCUUGGCUGUGGAAGUGGGAAUAACGAAGCACGGACCUGCACAGAAGUUCUUACUGAGGUGCACACACACACUCGAGGCGCCAGCAGGGGGCUCUCUGGUGGAUGUGUGCUGUGUGUCGGACCCAUCGGCCGGUGUGUGUGUCGCAGCAGCAGGAAAGUGGGCAGUGUGCCUGUGGAUCCAGACUUCAGAAUGUAACUGGAGCCUCAAACACACCUGGACCUUCAGUGAGCCUGUGAUAAACGUGUUUCCUGUCCCAGACUCUGCCGGCCUCAUGUUUGUGUCUCUUGGUCAGCUGGAAAUAAGAGAGCUGAGACUCCUGUCCUGUUGCAGCCUCAGGCAGACGCUGAUUCUUGAGGACAUCAUCCAGGCGGUGGCUGGCUUAUUCAACUCCAGAGUGGUUACGUCCUCCGACUCGGCCGCAGGCUCCACUCUGCGGGUGUUCACCCUGUCAGACAGCACCAGCUUACUGACUCCUCAGCCUCUCGUGUCUCCUGGCGUUUGUGUGAGCGCCCUCGCUCCAGUAGAGGGGCUUCCUGAUGCUCUCAUCGGUACAGAUGAAGUGGGACACCUUUUCAUCUGGAAUUUAAAGAGUGGCCAGCUGCUGAGCAGAGUGCUGCUUGAAGACAGUUUAUCCAACACAGCCUGUCUCAAAGGUUACUCCUACUGUGGAGUGUUGUUUGUUCUGCUGCAACAUCAGUUUCUAAGCUCCCUGGACCAAGAAGAAAAAAAGGCAAGAGAGAAAUGCUUGCUAUCAGAGGAGAGGUCGAAGCCAGCUCUGUUCUCUUUAGUUGGCAUCAACCCUCUGAGUGGAAGAUCUGUCAUAUCUUCUUGGCUGUAUCCUCCGGAUGGCUGGACUGGCAGGCUUUGUGAAGUGGACGUUAACCGCUGCAGCGUGGUGGGCCUGAGUCAAAGCGGCUGUGUCUGUGUGUGGGAGCUCGGAGAAGGGAGGACGUCCCAAAUGAUGGAGGCUCAGGAGGACGGGUACUGGCAACUGGCUCGAUGGGGGCACGAGGACACCUUGGUGAUCGGGCAUCAGAACGGAGACGUCUCUUUACAUUCCUACGGCGUGAGGCCGACUAACAAAGGUGCUGAAGCUGAAACUCCACCGUUGUGAGAAGGAUGCAGACAUUAACGUAAUGCAACAUUAAAGAAGCCGAUUUAAACCCGUCAUCAGCCGUGGGCAUUCUAAUGUAACUAGUUUCACUUACUGAAUUGUCCCUACAAUGUCCAGACUGCUGUAGUUAUUGUUAACUGAUGUAUUUUAAUGCUGUGAACUGAGAACAUCCCAUAAGUAGCAAGAGGAAGCUCUUGUUUUUACUGCAUAUAUGAAACAGUAAACCAGUUUGGCUGAAAAUCCUUUUAAACCUCUAUUCCUUGUUUAUUUUAGUAAAGCUGCUCUUUUAGCUGUUCUCUUUUUAUUAUUAUUAUUUUGUGGAUGAAAAUUGUUAUAUAAAUAGAACUCUUAGUUUGUGUUAAAAAUUCUAUUAAAUAUUUUGAUGUUUUA